GGUAGCAAGGCGAAACGCUACGCCAUUGUCGGCUUGGGGACGACCCCGAAAAGUGACGAUGACAGUGCUAAGGAUUCCUACGCGGAGGCAGGCUCGUCACUUGGUAAAGCUAUUGCCAACAAGUGUCACGCGGAAAAGAAAGUCGGAGCCGUUACCGUUGUUUUGCCCAGUGUCUUGGCUUCGGAUGCGACCAUUAUGAAGGACUUUGCGACCUCAUUUUACCAGACUCUUUACGCUGACAAUCGCUAUCGCACUGGCGCCAAGGUCAAGAAACCGGCUGAAGAUUUGAAAUCCGUCACGAUUCUUUCCGAAGGCGGAGAACCAGUAGAUGCUUCCGUUAUUGAAGCCGGCAAGAAAUUAGCGACAGGUAUUUUCUUGACCAAGGAUAUUGUCAACGCCCCGCACAACGUCUUGAACUCGCUUUCGCUUGCCGAGACAGCUAAGCGCAUUGCCGAGCAGAGCGGUGGACGGAUCACUUGUGAAAUCCUCGACAAAAAGGCCUGUGAAGCCCGCUGUAUGGGUGGCUUCCUUGGAGUAGCGCGCGGCAGCGAAACGCCUCCUCAGUUCAUCCAUUUAACAUACACUCCACCCUCGGGAAAAAUUUCCAAGAAGGUCGGAGUCAUUGGGAAAGGCCUCCUCUUCGACACGGGCGGCUACAAUAUUAAGACCGCCAUGAUGGAACUCAUGAAGUUUGACUGCGGUGGAGCUGCUGCGGUGCUCGGGGCCGCUCGCGCGAUUGGUGCUCUGCAGCCUGAAGGGGUUGAAGCCCACUUCGUCGUGGCCGCCUGUGAAAACAUGAUCAACGAAAAGGCUAUGGUUCCUAGCGACAUAUUGACAGCCUCGAACGGUAAGACUAUUGAAGUCAUGAAUACCGACGCUGAAGGGCGUUUGACGCUGGCCGAUGCGUUGGUGUUUUGUGACAAGGAAAUCGGCUGUGAAAGUAUCAUAGAGCUGUCGACGUUGACCGGUGCCUGCAUGAUUUCCUUGGGCAAGCAAAUCUGCGGUGUCUGGACGGACAACGAUGAGUUGGCCAAGGAGAUCGAAGACAUAUCCAAAAAGACAGGUGACAAAUCCUGGCGCAUGCCCAUGGCCAAAGAAUACAACGAACUUUUGGAAAGCAAGUUUGCCGAUCUCAAGAAUAUCGGCACACGCUACGGUGGAGCCAUUACGGCCGCCUUGUUUUUACAGAACUUCGUCAGCAAGAAAAAGCCCUUCGCGCACAUUGAUAUUGCUGGACCAGUUUGGAGCGACAAGGAUGGGGCGACCGGGUUUGGAGCUAAACUCGUUACCGAAUGGGUGACCCGA